AUGUUUGGUUUUCGGAAACAACAUACAAUUGUGUCCUAUGUGCCUAGCAAGAAUAAGGCUGUCCUUAUGUCGUCUACGAUGUACAAGCCUGACAUAAUACUUCAUUAUAAUAAAACAAAAGGUGCUGUAGAUACUACCGAUAAAAUGGUAAAAGACAAUUCGGCUCGUCGAAUUAGUAAUAGAUGGCAGAUGGCCAUUUUUGGACAGCUAUUAGACGUCGCGGCACUAAAUGCAUUUAUAUCAUUGAGUGCAAAAUUUCCAGACGAAAAAUCAAAAAGCAAAAACAGCAGAAGCAAAUUUCUUUUGGACUUAGGAGAGUCAUUGAUUAGGGAAAAUGUCAUAAGAAGAUUUAAAACAGAACCAAGAAUUCCCAACAGUGUCCAAUCAUAUGUGCUAGAAAUGUUUCCAGAAUUGGAAAAGCAGCAUGAAAUCCAUUACGAAGAACCUGAACGACCUGUUUCUGGACGAUGUUAUUUGUGCAAUAGAAAGAACGAUCGCUAG